AUGCCUUCCCUCGACAAGCCCGCUCAGAACGAAGCGAGAUUGCUUCUCGUUUCGAACCGGUUACCCAUCACCAUCAAGCGCUCCGACGAUGGCAAAUAUGACUUUUCCAUGUCCUCCGGUGGUCUGGUCAGCGGCCUCAGCGGCCUGUCCAAGUCCACGACCUUCCAAUGGUACGGCUGGCCCGGACUGGAGGUCCCCGAAGAAGAGAUUCCGGUUGUCAAGCAACGGUUGAAGGACGAGUACGGUGCUGUUCCGGUCUUCAUCAACGAUGAGCUCGCGGAUCGCCACUACAAUGGAUUUUCUAAUUCUAUCCUCUGGCCGCUGUUCCACUACCACCCCGGUGAAAUCACGUUCGACGAGUCUGCCUGGGAGGCAUACAAGGAAGCCAACCGCCUUUUCGCCAAGGCUGUUGCGAAAGAGGUCCAGGAUGGAGAUCUGAUCUGGGUCCACGAUUACCAUCUCAUGCUCCUGCCUGAGAUGCUCCGCGAGGAGAUCGGCGACUCCAAGGAAAACGUCAAGAUCGGAUUCUUCUUGCAUACACCCUUCCCCAGCAGUGAAAUUUACCGAAUCCUUCCCGUUCGCAACGAGCUGUUGCUCGGCGUGCUCCACUGCGAUCUGAUCGGUUUCCACACAUACGACUACACCAGGCACUUUUUGAGUGCAUGCUCGAGGUUGCUGGGCCUCGCGACAACCCCCAACGGCAUUGAGUUUCAGGGCAAAGUUAUCGCCUGCGGUGCCUUCCCUAUCGGCAUCGAUCCCGAGAAGUUCCAGGAGGGUCUCAUGAAGGAAAAGGUCCAGAAGCGGAUAGCCAUGCUUGAGCAGAAGUUUCAGGGAGUGAAACUCAUGGUGGGAGUUGAUCGUCUUGACUACAUUAAGGGUGUUCCCCAGAAGCUGCAUGCUCUUGAAGUCUUUCUUAGUGACCACCCAGAAUGGGUUGGAAAGGUUGUGCUGGUCCAAGUUGCCGUUCCUAGUCGACAGGACGUCGAGGAGUACCAGAAUCUGCGGGCCGUCGUCAAUGAGCUGGUUGGCCGGAUCAACGGUAAAUUCGGAACGGUGGAAUUUAUGCCUAUCCAUUUCCUGCACAAAUCUGUCAACUUCGACGAGUUGAUUGCCCUGUAUGCAGUCUCCGAUGCCUGCAUUGUCUCAUCGACUCGUGACGGCAUGAACCUUGUGGCAUAUGAAUAUAUCGCGACUCAGAGGAAACGACAUGGAUCGCUGGUGCUCUCUGAGUUUGCAGGCGCAGCCCAGAGUCUCAAUGGCAGUAUCAUCAUCAAUCCUUGGAACACCGAAGAGCUUGCUGGUGCUUAUCAAGAGGCGGUCACCAUGAGCGACGAGCAGAGGGCGCUGAACUUUUCCAAGCUGGACAAAUAUGUCAACAAAUACACCAGUGCCUUCUGGGGCCAAUCCUUUGUCACUGAGCUGAACAGAAUCUCAGCGCACUCGGCUGGGAAAUUCGAGGCCCGGAAACCGGCUGGGGAGGACGGCCCUGAAGCCGAGAAGCCUUCGAAUGGUGUGGAAGCAACAGAAAAAGUAACAGACGAAGCUCAGACGACACAAUAA